ACAAUUCAAUGCAGUUAGGAACACUAAUAUGCACCAGCAAAAGGAAAAAGACCAGUCUAAUAAAUCUGAGCCCCUGGAGACCCCAGGCUCCUCACCCACAAGAAAACAACCUCAAUCAUGUUAAAAAGACUAUCUCAUCUACAGAUCCUCCAACUUAAUGUUGGCCGAAACUGGGAAGCGCAUGAAACCGCGCUACAACUGGCUUUUGAGAAUAAAUGUCAUGCAGUACUGAUUCAGGAGCCCUGGAUUUUUACAGACCGCUCCCGCCGGCUAUCUAAACACCAUCCAUCCUUCCACCAACUAGCUCCGGCAGAGGAUUGGUCCGAAAGACCCCGGGUCCUCACUUAUAUCCUCAAACACCCACACCUAAGAGCCGAGAUCAUCCCCUUUGGCCCCCCAAAUAGGGACAUACUCGCUGUCCAGAUCAUCACCUCCCAAAAAACAGCCCUCCUUGUAAACUUAUACAACGCCCCCGCUGGGUCUGUAGGGGAAGGUCAAGGCUUAGACCGCCUAAUAUCACAGUCACUCCCAACUUCUCCCUGCCUCCUGGCUGGGGACUUCAAUCUCAGGCACCCUGCAUGGCAGUCCUUGGCACAAGCCUCCCCAUUUGGAUGAGUAUAUGAUGAUCCUUUCGUUAGAAUUGAUGAAAAUGAUGAUAUUCAACCAAGUGGCGG